UAACCGGGUAGGAGUGAAGAUUUGGUGAAAAAAAAAAAAAGAAUGAGAAGGACAAAGACAUGUCUUGUGAGGUGUGACUUAUGAUUCGUUAAGCCAAGGUAAAGUGGACACACAUACAAGGCGAAGAAAGAAAAAGAAAGAUGCUUCCACUAAAGCUGGUUCGUUCUCUGGUCUUAGGGGAAACCAUCAACCACAACCCUCAUCACAUGCUAACCCAAAAUCACCACCAUUACAACACCCAUUAUGAUGAAGAUAGUGAAAUUGAUGAUGAAGCCCGUGGCACGUCCCAACCCCACCAUCGUAGAAGAAGGAGAAGAAGAAGAAGAAGGUACAAAAUCCCAGGUUUGAUUUUUCUCCCAACAAAAGAGAUUAUUACAGACACAUAUAGGCUUGCUACCAUUGCAAGGGACUUGGGUUUGGACUUGUACCCUACACCCUCACUCUCUCACAUCAUCUUCUCCAACCCAUCAUCAUCAUCAUCAAAACCCUCAUCAUUAUCCUUCUCUUCUUCUUCAUGCUCCCGCCAAAGCGACGCCGUUCCCAUUCCCUUCCCUUCACUCUCCGCAACCCCACUCACCCACCUUCGCUGCUUCCUCACACUCUCCCCACGCGCCUUCAAGAUCGUCCUUUUCAGCUCCCACCCUGACGCCGCCGCUGCCGCCGGAAACGCCGGCAACUGGGACUGCGACUCUUUCUCUCUCUACUCGCGGGACCUCGGCCAUCGGGUCGGCACCAUGGAGGAGUUUUGUCGGAUUCUUGCUGGCAAAGGUUGGAGCUUUUAUAAAACCAAGAAAAACCCUUGUUCCGACCAGCGGCGCGGCGGCGCUUUUUACCUCUUCAGAAGGGUGGAUGUGAACCGGGUUCGGCUUGGAGCACCGGUGGAUGGGGCAUGCAGAGUGAGGGAGUUGAGGCUACCAUACUUGGAUUUUGGAAAUGCUCCGUUGAGGAUUUUGCAGUAUAUUUUGUUGAUGACUGGUGACAUCUUCUGUUUGGCAUGACAUGUUCAUGAUGAGAAGAGAUGGGCAACAAAAGGGCUCAUCUGGUUUUGUCUUGUAAUGGGGGUGGUGUUGGAAGAAAUGUUGGAAGGGGCAUAACCUUAACCACACCACACUAAUGCAGAUCUGGAAGAUGAUGUAUGGAUGCAGUUAGAGCUACUUAAAGGUAAUGCAAGUUUCUAAGAUAGUGUUACCUUAAGACCUACAACUCCCUAAAUAUAAUUGUAGCCACCUAUAUUCAUAUCCAUCUAUGUUUCUUUAGCCAAAAAGAUGUCGCACAUUUCAAUAACUAAAGUGACUAAAAGUUGAUAAUACCAUUUAUUCUGUGUGAAAUUCUAACCAUUCAUUUCAACAAAAGCUUAUAUGCAAUGACAGAAUUGGUUGUUUCCAUCUUUGCAGUUGUAAUUAAAAUACCAAAAACAUAAUUGCUGUCAACGAUACCAUGUCUUGCUGUUGUUUCCAUCUAUUCACAGGCAACGCUUGUACGGGGUCUAUAAUCACUUGAAUUCCCUUGCUUUUUUUGGACAAAUAUGGAAUAUAUUUAUCCAUUUUUGGUUUUAUAGCUCCCAUCACUUCAGAACUCUGAAUGCUCAGUGAAGAAGAAGACCUAUGAAUGCACAUUUAUCAAUCAUUAGUGUAGGUUGUCUGUGACCCCAAACCAGCAAGAAUCAUGAGGAUUGUCUCAAUAAUAAAAUACCUGAUUUCUGAUUAUUGAUUUUUGUCAUACUUCUUUAGGAUCAAUGGUGUGAACUUCUUAAGGUUAGAAUUGAAAUAUUAUGGGAAUGUACCAAAUAAUUCUCUCAUCUUAGUUCCUUGGGAUUUCCAUUAGCGAUCGAACCAAAGUAUAUUACAAGAAAAAUAGAAUUAGAUUUAGCAUCACGUUACUUUUGUUGGUAUUUUCAGUGACCAUAUAAGAUAUGGCAGUGGCAUAUGUCCAUGACUAAGAAAGUUUUUCGAUCUGAAGUUUUGAGAUGAA